GUCAGUUUGCAAAACGUCGUGGAAGCAAGGAGGUUAUUUUGUGAGCGAACUGAUUUUCAAAUAAACUUCCUAUAAAUAGAAUUACGGCAAAAAAUACUACCGCAAAUGGUAUUGUAUUGUCGUGCCGGCGAUUAAUUAAAUCAACAUGGCUACGUGGUCGAGGUUUCAAAAGGUGGCUCUGCUAAGUUUGGGUGCCGUUGGAGGCGGUUUAGCGUAUUACCGAAUAAAUAAUGACACAGAUGAGAGGAGAUCUAUCGCUCACAACGCUUGGACCACAAAUUUUACUCCUAGCGUUCAAUGGGAUAGAAAUUGGGACCACCGGGAACCGGAAUGUCUAGUGAAACCAAUAAAGCGGUCGGUCGGUGACCGUCCUGAAGAUGACAACAAGUACAAUGAAAAGCUGGAGAAGGCUAAGAGCCGUGCUGUAAGGCAUCUCUUCCUGAUCAGACAUGGACAGUACAAUAUUGAUGGUGCUAAGGAUACCGAUAGGACUCUUACGGAUUUGGGCCGUCUCCAAGCAGACUUCACAGGCCAAAGACUGGCCAACCUUGACAUAAAAUGGGACCUCCUAGUCCAAUCAACCAUGACUAGAGCCCAGGAGACGGCUAAUAUUAUAGCUAAGCACUUAGAUAAGGAUAUAGAAGUUAAAGACUGUCAGUUGAUUGAAGAAGGAGCUCCGAUACCUCCAGAACCUCCUGUUGGACAUUGGAGGCCGGAACCUAAACAGUUCUUCCAGGACAGCGCUCGCAUCGAGGCCGGGUUCCGUCGCUACUUCUACCGAGCCCCCCCUGAGCAGACGGAGGACUCGUACACGCUGUUGGUCUGUCAUGCGAAUGUUAUACGGUUUUUCGUUUGCAAAGCACUCCAAUUCCCGCCUGAAGGUUGGCUCCGAAUAUCGCUAAACCACGCAUCCAUCACCUGGCUAUCGAUAAUGCCAAACGGCAACGUGGUUCUACGCUCACUGUCAGAUACUGGCCACAUGGAGCCUAAGUACAUCACUAGCCGGUAAAACAGGUCUCCACCAACGGUUGUAAAGGUAAUAGCAGCUUAAAACGCAAUGCCAAGACUCGAGGUAGUAAGGAGAACAAAGGGUAAGGUAUUUUCAAAAGUAUUUCUAAUUGCACAUUACAAUCUAUAGGUCAACAAUACGAAUUUGCACUUUCUUUUAUUUACACUGAAAUCUUGGUGUCUGGACGUUCCCUACAUUUUUAUACAAUGAUGAUGUGUUUUUUUUUAAUAUUAUUUGCUGUUAAAGUGGUGAACCAUAGUGAAAUACGCUUAUAUCAUUUUAUAAAUUCAAUUAUAUAAAAUAUGAAUGCAUCCAAUAUUGAAAAUAGGUAGUUUGUCAACAUAAUUUUGUAGGCAAUCUUGAGUAUAAAUGUUUUUAAUACCUAUGUGAAUAAUAAUUCUGUAAACGCAUUUUGUCUGUCAAUGUAUCUGUGCACGCUUUUUAUAUACUUUCAUAUCAUUGUAAUUUUGUUGCUGUCAUAAUAAUCCAUUGUUCUUUUUAAAGUCUAUGUAAAAAGGUUGUUUAAUAGUUUGCAUUAUGGCUGUUUCAUGUUAUUAUUGUUUUUUGUGUACCAUAGAUGUUGUAAUGGAAAAACCUACAAUUUUGUUGAGAAUAACCAUAGAGUAUACUUAGGCCCAAGUGCAUCAACAACUUAAACGUCUAUUUUCUUAAAACAAUCUAGGUACUUAUACUUUGAAAAUUGAAAAAAAAAAUGAUAAUGAACAGUUGUUUUAAGAAAACUAACGUUUAUGUUCACAGUGAAUUUUGGCCUUUAUAGCAUUUAAAACCAUGUUUUGUAAACUAGCUCGAAAGUGGUGGAUGAAUUUGUUUUAUCAUAUAAAAUGUGUUCUUAUUAUAAGAGUAAAUUGGUCUUAUCAAGUCUUAUGAAUAUAAUUGUAUGUUCAAUAGCUACGCAUAUAAUAUCAUUCUGGUUCCUAAGUACAAAACUAUCUUGGUUAUGCAAUGUAACUGAUUGUAUGUCGCUUAUUAUAAAACAAUAGAAAAUCAAUCGUGUCUCGCGCAUAUCUCUGCGCUUCGGCAUGCAAUGGGUAAAUGGCUUACUGAUAAGAAAAGAACAAUAUUCAAUAUGCUAAGACAAACUUACAUUUAAAAAAUAUUACUUAUGGAUUUUGAACUGAAGUUUUUAGUGCCAUAGACCAAAUGUAAGAUAUAGUACAUGGAACAAAUAACCAAUAUAAUUUAUCAUCCACGGUCAACCCCAAUGACAGAUUGGUAGUGCUGUACCCAGCAUAUUAAUAUGAGACAUUGAGAGCCUUAGAGGUCUCAAACAUUUUUACAAUAUUUUUCUAAGCAUUAACUAUUCAAAAAUUGCCAUUUUAUCUUAGUAUAGAUACUCGAUUGAAUAAAAAAUCGUUUGGAGGCCGAUCCCAACUCAAUUGGGAAAAGGCUAGGCAGAUAAUGAUGAUUGAAAAUAAUAGUUAAGUGUAUAGAUUUCUCUGGCUUUCACUGUCUCAUAUAUCUCUGUAUCAAUUUCAUAUUUUUAAGAAUAACCGAGUCUGUCACCUUUUGAAUUACCACUAAAUCUAGUCAAAUUUAAUAAAAUAUAUAUUGAAAAUGAAAUGUUUUAACACUAUAUCGAAGUUUGCUAGCAAAAAAACUGUUUAAUAAGAGCGUGAGGCAUAAUGGUAUUGUACUUUUGCUCUUAUGCAAUUACCGAUCAAAUGAGGGAGGGAUGUUUCUUAUGAACUGUAAAUGUACAUCAGAAUAAGUAUAUGCAUCCAUAUUGUACCAACCUACCAUCUAUGUAUUAUUAUAAUUAAUUCCAGUGAUAAAGUGCUCAAAUCGACUAAAAACUUUUAUCGAAGCAAUUUUAUUAGAACUUAAGGCCCAAUUUCGAUGUAGACCUUACAUUAUGACUUUUAGUCAAUUACCGAUUACAUCUUGCGUUAAAAUAAUCUGAUAUGUCCACAAAUUAAAAGCAUUUCAUAACUAGAACAUUUGGCUCCAAGGCCGUCAUUGUAAAAACAUUCGUAUGGCGAAUACUAAGUACCUAAAGCAGUGGUGGACAGUGGGAGCAAUUAUCUGAUGAUGAUGGGAUACUAGUAAUUCCAGGGACCAUUUAAUGCCCAAUAAAUAAGAGAGAUUUACUUAGUAACUAAUAGUUUAUUUUUAUCGCAAAAUAUUAGUAAUCGUGAAUCGUGUUCUACCUGGAAAUUGGGCCUAAGUCUAAUCAACGUGCCUUGCAAUAAAUAGUUGGUACACUGUCAAUUAAUAUAAAAACGAUGUUAGGCUGGGUAAAAGCUAAUGCAUAACAAUUUUGUAUCAUAAACAGACUUGCCAAAUUACCUCUAGCAAUGUAUUACUUACGUGAAUUUGUAUCUUGUAUAAAUAACUUAGCUGUAAAUAUUUUGUAAUGUUGAAUAAAAUAUGUAUGAAAUGUA